UAUACACCUACACAAGGGGUAUUUAUUAUCUGCAACAUUUUUAACAAUAUGACAGCUUCGAAUGAUGUGUCAACACUAACUGGCAGGGAUGCGGAAACUCAGGAGCUCAGAAUGAACGCCGUAAAGGGUAAGAAUCUUCUAUACUUGGCGAGUAAUUCAACUGCUGGUUCCAGUCCCACAUACAUGGUAGAAAUGAUGGCGGACUUGCGUAAACGAGGACUGGUUAUUUAUGGUGUGUUUGAGACCCCUACAGAGAAGAAACCUACCUGCCCGUAUCUAGAUCAGCUGAAAUCUAAUGACGCAGUCGACCAUGUCUUUUUCGCCGAGUUGAACUGCGAAGAAGCUGCAUCGAACGUUGUCGAGGCUAUUAAACACUUGGAUGUGAAGUUUGAUGGUGUUUGGGGUGGAAGAGAACUAAUUCAACCGGUGGUGGGUAUGGUCGCCGAACUUCUAGGUGCGCCUGGACGAAAUCCAGCACACUCAUAUCAAAUGGCCCGUGACAAGUAUAAGACACGUGUGGCACUUGCAAACGCUGGCCUGAACACGCCCAUGGCAUACCCAGUGAAGUCUGUUGAUGACGUACCAAAAUGUAUCGAAACGGUUGGAUUCCCAAUGAUCAUCAAACCUACGGCAGGUGCAGGUUCUGAGGGAGUGCACAAAGUAUACACCGAGGAGGAACUCACCAAAGCCGUUGGUACCAUCUUGGAAGACAUCGAAGUCAACCCGCUGCUAUCUACUCAAGGUAUGACAGAUUUCUGUCCCAUUGUGGCGGAGACCCUGCUCGUUCCCAUCAUCUACAAUGAUCUCGUUCAAGAGUUCGACGUGGAAGUGUUGAUGUCGAAGGGAGAGUCCGUUUACUCAAAUGUAGUCGACAACUGGAUUCCCGACGCACCGUACUUCCAGGACAAAGGAUUUAACUUCCCCUCUCUGGCACCUAAAAGCGUUCAGGAAGAGCUUAUCGAAUACUCCAUCGCGUGUGUCAAGGCACUUGGAUUCAUCAACGGUAACUUCCAUGUCGAAUCAAUGUAUACCGAGUACGGACCUGCUCUGCUCGAAGUUAACCCACGGGUUGGCGGUGCUGAGAUCCAAAACUUCCACGAGCGUGUUUUCGGUGUGAAUCCUAACCUCAACUUUCUUCUGGCUCUCCUGGAUAUCCCAAUCAAUCCUCCUCGAUUUGAUGUACCCGCAAUGGGUCGUCUGCACCACUUUAUCAAUGCUCCAACAACUGGUGUGCUAGAAGAUCUUACCUUCUUGGACCAUUUCGAGGGUCAUGAGUACGUCACCAAGAUCGAAUACAUCGCCAAAGUAGGCGCCAGUGUUAGAGGUAUUGAUACCGGUGUGCCUCAGUGGUUGGGUGGUGUUGUAUUCGAGUUCCCCGAAGAGAAGAUGUUGAGUGCAAUCGAGGAAUUGAAGGUGUUGAUGAAGCAGGCGGAGGAUAAUGUACGCAAGCUGAUCACUCCUAUCCGUAAGUUCUCGCUUACCAGAAGAAAGUCCAUUGUAUUGGACGUUGUAGAGGAUCUGGAGCCCGCGCAGAAGAGACGUGUAAGAAAGUCGAUCACAAUAGACGAUAUCGAUCUGGAAGAAAUCCUGGCUUUAGAGGCUUCUAUUGCUACCACUACCAUCUAAUUUAAUAUCAUUGUAUAUGGCGUUUGUAAUAUCAUAUGCUUUGGUUUGAAACUAGAAUUCUAGACUGAUAAUAUUAAAAUUCUAAUAAAGCAGAACACCAAUCAUCCGGAAAAUAGUAC